GAGCAACGGAUCAAACCUUCAGCUCUGUGCUCGGCUCUUCAGAACGCGCUGGUUUAUCUUUAUGGGACUCUACUGGCCGGGACUUUGGAUACAAGGCGCCGGCAGCUCCUGGAUACAUCCUGAGGGUCACCUCUUGGUUCCUUCGCAUACGCCAAUUGCUGUUCAGAUUUUGCACCGUAUAAAGGAAGUGUCCUGGAACCCUCUACCGUGAGCGCUUGGCGCUUAUCGGGAUGCUGCCACGUGGAAUCGGUCUUCCCUGCAGUGAGAGCAGCUGUGUGUCAUGUCCGCAGUGACAGUGCUGUUUCGUGGGCCAUAAUCUUCUCUUCGUCAUUGCCCUAUUUCUGUCUAGCCAUGUUAUGAGCCUAAGGACAUCUCCACCCAUAAAGCUUUGCCCAGAGUAGCCAGUCUUUCCGAGCAGGACAGGUUAUUACCACGUUUAAGAGCUCUUUGCCAAGAAUCUUGAAAAUGGCCCACCCGUACGAGCCUUGGUUCAGACCGACCCAUCCCAGCAGCAGUAAUGAAGAUUUAAGUGUCCCCUCUUGGUGGGAUAUCCACCCCGGCACCACCAGUUGGAUGGACCUUCAGAACACCCAGGGCAACCUGCAGGCCCCAACACAAACUGGCUCCCUGCAGUCCACACUUGGCAGCUACACCACAGAACACCAGCUUUGUGGACCCCCUACCCACCUGGCCCCCAACCCUCAGCACCUCUUUGCUCAAGACGGUUUCAAGCCGCUGGAUACAAGCCUCCCAGAGCCGCACCCCCUUGAAGAACCCAUGGACAGUGGCAACCGGCCGAAAAGCCACCGCCGAUCAGUGCCAAGGAGCUCGGGCCAGGCGGUGUGCCGCUGCCCCAACUGCGUCGAGGCCGAACGCAUGGGACCCUGCGCUGAUAGCACCAAGAAGAAGCAUCUCCACAAUUGCCACAUACCGGGCUGUGGGAAAGCCUAUGCCAAGACGUCACACUUGAAGGCGCACCUGCGGUGGCACAGCGGCGACAGACCCUUUGUCUGCAACUGGCUCUUCUGCGGCAAGCGCUUCACCCGCUCGGAUGAGCUCCAGCGCCACUUGCAGACGCAUACGGGCACCAAGAAAUUCACCUGCACGGUCUGCAAUAGGGUCUUCAUGAGGAACGACCACCUGUCCAAGCACAUGAGGACCCAUCACGAGGCCUCCAGAGAUGAAGGAGAGGCCAUCAACAAGUGCUUCGAGCAGAACCCCGAGGCCCCCUUGAAACCCAAAAGAGAACCCGACGCCGGCUCCUCCGCCGGAAGCAGCCAGACCAAUUGAAGGGGUGGGACAAGGAGGCUCUGCAGACGUGUGCCCCUUAACCACGGAAGACUUCAUUUAGAAAAAGGCGCUUUAUCAGUUAGUCUAGUGCAGCUCCAUAGAGCAACAGAAGGGAAAACUGGACGAGGAAGUCACGUAGAGUAGAGCUGAACGUAGCCUUUAAAUUAAUUUUGUCCAUUUUGUUGGUCUUUGUUUUUUUUUUUCUCCAUGCCAAAGGCACUUAUAGAUCUUCAAGGAAAAGGGAAUCUUCACUUAAUUGUGGAAUUCUCAUACCCAAGUGACACGGUGAUCCUCGGGUGACUUUCACUGGCAAUCUGACCCUUUGUGUCUCCCCACCAAGCCCUUCGAUCCAUGAAGAAGAUGCUGUCGGAUGGCCCAACAAGAAGUCCCCCAGGGCUGUGCUGCACGUCUACUGUCCUCAUCCUGUGUUCGCUCCAAAGAUGAGACACAUUAUCAUUUCUAUGAACUGUAUCUCCUCGGCACACCAUCCGUUCAUUUUCUACGCUGAUCAUCCAGUUCAGUAUCGCCGAGGGGCUGGUGCUGUUGCACAAGAACAUCGUGGUGACCUCUGCUCUGUACAAACUCAUUCAUUCUUUAUCACACAAACCUAUUAAAUGGAAGAAAUUAAUACUUUGAAAAGUUAAAAUGCAUUCAGGCCCUGUGAAGUUCAACAGUCCCAGCAAUGCAGCCUGUGUUAUGAUUGCUGUGUAUUUUUUUAAUAACCUCUAGAGGGCGUGUGGAAAAAGUGCAGUAUUUGCUCCACCCAGUAGGCGGGGUUUAUGAUAAUUGUGCUCAGUUAUGAUAAAGUCUCACAGGCUGUUGGUUUAUUCCUUUAUCAGUCGCCCCCUUUCAAUAAGGUGGGGAAUUUGUUUUACUUCUUUUUUUUUUUUUUUUUUAGGGGGGUGGGGGGUACAGCCCUAACUGCACCACUACAAUACACAUAACUUAUUAUCCACUCGUCCAUCAAUUUUACUGUUCUUUUGUGGUGGGCCAACCUGUAGACUCACACUUUGAUCCAUCCAUCCAUUUUUAAAGCUGACCCUAGUUGCACCAUUAAAAUAUAUAUAACUUAGUGUUUGAUUAUCAUUCAGUUUUAUUUAAUAUUACUUGGGUUGAAACUUCAAAGGCACACCUCUAGAUCCAAGCAUCCAUUUUUUGUACCUUGAGAAUGGUGGGUACACUACUAAAAUUCACAUUUAAAGAUCUAAUUCAUAUUCAAGUUCAAAUUUAUUGUAGCAUUUCCUUCCAUUUUUCCAGACCACCUCUUUUAUUUAGGUGCGAUGAACCUGCCAAGCCACUCCCUGUUAUGAAUGAAUGCACAAAAAAAUGGUGAAAAGGUGUGUAGGCCCCCCAAAAGACAAAUACAACAGGUCAGGGCUUUCCCUCGUCUGCCUAGAAAUAGACAGCAUAACCCCAAACUCUACUGGCUGGCUUUAGCCUACAUGGACCUAAAAGUGUUAUGAAGUUUGGGUGUCCUGAGUGCAAAAUGUCCCAAAACUCACUCCAGAAAUGCCCACUAGCGGGGGAAACCCUCUAGCUAUUAUCGAAAAGGGCAAGUCUAGAAUCUUUUUUAAUAUACUUUUUUUUUUUAAAAAAAAAAGCUAAAUAAAAUAAGGCUCAGAGGAGCACAAAAAAAAGCAAAGGAGCAGCCUAAAAUAGACAACCCUGUAACAAACAAAUGUCCCAAUACACAAAUCUUAAAAGAAUAGUAAAAAAAAAAAAGCAAAACGUCGAUAUCUAGAACAACA